UCUCUUUCUCUUUCUCUUUCUUUUUUUUUAUUUUAUUGUAAUGAAUAGCUGGACUUUUUUAUGCAUUUUUAUAAUUGUACUACCAAGCUGCUGUCGAGGAUUUUCAGCACAAAGACAACUUCGUCGAGUCGAAUCAUUAAAUACUUUUCACUACCAAAUUGCACCGAGGCCUAAGCAUUUCUUCGACAAAAGAGGUCAAUCUCCUUCUCUUGUACCACCCCAACAUAUUGAAUUUGACGAUCACUUGUUAUUGACCUUACAAGCAUAUAAUACUACUUUCCAUCUGAAUCUGGAGCCCAACUUUGACCUAUUUCAUUCAGACGCUGUCCUUCAUCAAUACGGUCAAAGUAAAAAAUUAGGCCAGCAUAAAGUAUACAAAGGAAAUGUCAUUGCAGGCGGUUGGGCUAGAAUCACGAUGCAACAUAUUGGAAACACUUCAAUCAUACAGGGCGCUUUUAAAUACAAGAACGACUUGUAUCAUAUCAAGGAUGCUCAUCAUUAUCAUUUGGUAAAGCAACACAAUGAUCCUGUCAGUAGUGCUUCUUCGAUGGUGAUCUACAGGGAUUCCGAUAUGCUGUCGAAAAGACAGGAUCCACACGCCCAUCAAUGCGGGUUUGACAACCUAAUCCAACCUACAGCCUUACCCGAACUAACAAAGCGUUUCGAACAAGGAUGUCCUACAGACCGAAAGAUUAAUUAUAUGGGAGCAGUUGCGGAUUGUACCUAUGUUCAAUACUAUAAAUCUCGAGACGCAGCACGGAUCCAAAUCAUCAAUGAUUUUAAUAUGGCCUCUGCAGUAUUUGAAGAGACAUUUAAUGUAGCCCUGGGACUAAUCAAUAUCACCAUCAUGGAUCCUACCUGUCCAACAAACAUCAAUACCAAACGGGCCUGGAACAGAGCCUGCGAUGCCAAUUAUUCUUUAAGCGAUCGUCUCAGUGAUUUUAGCCUCUGGAGGUCUACUAUGAGUAAAGAUGGUGCUGGUCUAUGGCAUCUCAUGACAAAUUGUCCCACGGGAGUCGAAGUCGGAUUGGCCUGGUUAAAGCAAUUGUGCAAUUCAGGUGCAAAUAUUCAAAAGACUCCAUCGGGAAAAGCUCAAUAUGUAUCUGGUGCAGGUGUAUCCGCCAUUACUCGUGAUGAAUGGAAGGUCGUAGCCCAUGAAAUAGGUCAUGGUUUUGGUGCCAUCCAUGACUGCACCUCAGAAACAUGUCCAUGUGAAGGUGAAGCUUGUCAAUGCUGUGCAUUAGAUAGUGCGACCUGUAAUGGCGAAGGGUUUCUCAUGAGUCCUAUUAGUAAUGUUUCUGCUGAGCAUUUUAGCCCGUGUUCGGUUAAGACGAUUUGUUCUGCCUUUCCGAAAACGGGCCAUUGUUUAGCCGAUCCUCAGGAACAUGUUCGCUCUAUCUAUGAACUGGACGUAUGUGGUAAUGGAAUCAAAGAACAAGGCGAGGAGUGCGAUACAAGUGGCGUGGAUACCGAUUGUUGUGAUGCAAAGACCUGUAAACUAAAGAAGCCAGCUGUGUGCGAAGAUACCAAUGACUCUUGUUGUCAUCAAUGUCAAAUCAGACCACACACACACAUGUGUCGACCUGCAGCCACACCUUGUGACCUGUCUGAAUAUUGCACAGGUAGCUCCGCAUCAUGUCCUGACGACCUUUAUCUCAGCGACGGAGUGCCCUGUGAGGAUGGCAAGAGUUGUGCCUCAGGUCAAUGUACUUCUCGCGACGCACAGUGUCUUUCCCGCGGGUUUGUGAUGAAUAUCACAAAAUCGUGCGAAUCUAAUAACGAAGAGUGUAAAAUGCUAUGUAACAAGCCCGGCGGUAAAUGUAUCUUGUUCAGUGGAAGUUUUAUCGAUGGCACACCAUGUGGGCUUGGCGGACGAUGUUUAUCAGGGGCCUGUCAAAACGGAGGACCGAUAGGUAGUCCCUUGUUUUGGGUGCGAGAACAUGAAAAUAUUAUGAUUCCUGUUUGUAUCAUUGCCUUUUUGAUCUUGUGUUCCUGUGCAUUUCUCUUGUUUUGGUUUGGCUGUUAUCGCUGUACCGGAUAUAAACAGAAGAGACACCAAAAUACGGUGGGGUUGAAAGAUAAGGCUGUGAACAACGACUCUAACACCUUAUCACUGUCCAGCACGCUUACGCCCCAAUCGUCCACAUCAAGUGGACUCACUGUAUAUGGAAACAAUGAUAUCACUGAGAUCACAACUGUAAAACCCCCCACCCACUUGUAGGAAUAUAUUUAGACAUUGUAU